UUGAAUCAUACCCGUGGAAUGUGGGCCGUUGGCGAUAUAUACACACACAUCAAUCCCUAUCUUCACGUCUCCAUCCAUCUAUCGAUCUAUCGCUUUCGAGCAAACAAACCAUACCAUCGAUCGAUCGGUUCCUUCCGCCUCUCCUUCGACAUCGUGUUCACGUUGAAAGAUGAAGCUCUUUGUGGAGACCCUCGCCGGCAAGAAGAUCGCCGUGAAGGUCGACCCGUCGGACACCAUCAACGUCGUCAAGGCCAAGAUUCAUGAGCAGCAGCGCCUUACCUUUGACGACGAGGACCUAGACGACACACGCAGCGUGGCCUACUACCGCAUCCAUGAUGGAUCCACUCUCCGCCUCGGUCUGCGCCCAAGAAGGAAGAUCGAAAUCUUUGUCAAAGGGUUGGCUGGAAAGACCACUACCCAUUAUUUUGAGGAGCUGGACACCGUCGAUUGCGUCAAGGCCAUGGUCCAGGAGAGCGACGGCAUUCCCGCCGACGAACAGAGGCUCAUCCAUGCCGGGAAACAGCUGGAAGAUGGUCGCACCAUGGCGGACUAUGCCAUCCACGACUGCGCCACAUUGCACCUCUUGCUCCGUCUCCGAGGAGGUAUGAAGCUCUUUGUCCAAACCCUCGCCGGCAAGACGAUCACCGUCAAGGUCGACCCGUCGGACACCAUCAACGUUGUCAAGGCCAAGAUUCAGGACCAGCAGUGCCUUACCUUUGGCGAGAAGGCGCUAGAGGACAGACGCACUGUGGCCGAUUACAGCAUCAAGGAUGAAUCCACUCUUCACAUUGAUCUGCGCUACCAGAGAAAGCGGAAGCAGCCAACUGUCAUGCAUGGUGAGCAGCCCAAAUCUGCAAAAAAGAAGAGAAUAGAUUAUCAAAUCUUUCUCAAAGGGCUUGUAGACAAAACCACCGCCCUUAAGGUUGCCUACUCGGAUACCGUCAGAAGUGUCAAGGAGAUGAUCCGGGACCGGCAGGACAUUCCCGUGGACGAGCAGAUGCUGAUCUAUGCAGGGAAACAGCUUGAAGAUGGUCGCACCAUGGAUGACUAUGGCAUAAAGAAGGAAUCUACACUUCACCUCAUGCUCCGCCUCCGAUCAUGCGGAGGGAUGCUAAUCCGUGUCAAAACGUUGACUGGCACCUCACUACCUCUUGAUGUGGAGAAUUUAGAUACAAUCCAUUUUGUGAACGAGAAGAUUUGUGUUGAGAAGGACAUUCCUGUGCACCAGCAGAGACUCGUCUAUGCUGGAAAACAAUUGGAGAAUGGUCACACCCUAGAGGAGUACAAUAUACGCGACGAAGCUACUCUUCAUCUGAUUCACCGUCUUCGUGGAGGAGAAAAGAGAAAAAAAAAGCCCAGCUCGCACGACCUUCCUCCUCGAUCCCAUCUCGACCUCCGUCCCACCGCCACCUCCUGCCCCGCCCCGCCCAGCCUCACCGCGCGCCGCCCGCCGCCGACGCUCCGCCCACCGCAGCCGCGCCCGCACCCAUCUCCCAUCGAUGCGCCACCAUCUCCUGUAUCCAUGCUCCGCCGUCUGAAUCCUGCCGUCGAGUCUGUCCUGCUCGCCGUGGCCAAUGAUCGCAUCGACCGGGACCGCAUCCCUCCCCAAACGGCGGCGAUGACGGAAGGCGCCGCCCAGCUCCUGACUGACGGAGUCGCCGGGUUACCGCUCCUCGGGGCCAGCCCCUCCCCCGUGUCGGGUCGCGCAUCGGCUUGGAGGCCCCUCGGGGCUGCCGCCGAUGCGGGAGUCCUGCACGGCCGUGGGGACUGGGGACCAAGCGGCGGGGCCCGUGUCGCGCUCCUGUUGAGGGCUUGCUGGGGUUGGCCGGGAUCUGAGCCGCCGUCGAUGGAUUUCUUGCAGGAAAUUCAAGUGUGGUACACAUUUUUCAGUAAUCUUAAGCCGUCUUCAGAUUUUAGCUUCCUCAAUCAUUCUGAAUUAUUUAACCUCAGUAUGAGAAAGACGAUCACGGUGGAGAUCCCAACGGUCGACGUGAAGCCAGGGUGGAAGAAGGGCAUGAAGAUCACCUUCCUAGAAGGAACAAUCUGA